AUGGAAUUUGAUACUGGAGCUAGGGCAAGCACGAUAAACGAAAUAGAUUGGAAAAAUAAGCUUAAUAGUCCUGGAUUAAUAAAUUACAUGCUAAAACUUAAAAGCUAUACAGAAAAAGUUAAAGAGAAUUUAGACAGAUUGUUAAAAAUAGGAAUAAAAAACAAUAAUCAAUCACUCUAUGCAUCACCUAUACUUGUACAAAAGAAAGAUAAAACAUUACGAAUUUGCUGGGAUUUUAAAAGAACAAUAAAUCAAAAUAUUAAUAAUUCAUACCAUAACCAAGAAUCCAUGCAUUUCCCACUUGGAACCUCUUGGAUUCUAAGACUUUUAUGUAAAUCAACUAAAACUCAUUAUUCUUCAAACAUUAAUUUGCAUGAUGGGGUUUUAGAGGGCUCAAUUAAAUACAAUGCAAACUCUCACAAAAAUGCUCAUAAACGUUCAUUAUCAGCUGAUGACAAUAAAAAUGAAGAAGAAUCAUACAAUAAUGUUAAAUAUGAGCGUAAAUCCUCUCCUACAAGUAAUAUCACUAUUCCUCAGAGCAAUGAUGUCAUAGUUCAUAAAUAUUGCCCAAUAUUUAUACUUUGCCUUACUUUCUUUAUAUACACUGCCUUCCAUGCAUCCCGCCGACCUAUAAGUGUAGUAAAAUCAGCUUUGCAUCAUCCUGCCAAUUGUUCAAAUUAUAUAAAUAUUGUUACACCAUCUCAUCCAACCAAAUUUCACUUAAGGAGUCCUUAUUAUUUUGAUACUCACGAUAUAUAUUUACCUCCAAAUAAUUCUCUAAGUUCUCAUUGUGAUGAUUGGGCCCCAUUUGAUGGUCCAAAUUACAACGAGAUGUUUGGUGCACUUGACAUGGCCUACCUGUUCAGUUAUGCCUUGGCUAUGUUUGUAUCAGGUCAUUUAGCUGAACAUUUACCAUUGCGGCAUUUUUUAGUAUGUGGUAUGAUUGGUAGUGGGGCUCUUACAGCUCUAUUUGGAGCUGGUUAUUUUUUGAACAUUCAUUCAGCUGCUUACUACUUUGUUGUACAAGUAAUUGGUGGCGCUUUUCAAUCCUCGGGAUGGCCCUGUGUUGUUACCUGCAUGGGUUCUUGGUUCGGAAAACGUAAAAAGGGCUUGAUAUUUGGUAUUUGGAACUCGCACACCUCGGUGGGAAAUAUAAUAGGUGGCCUUAUAGCUGCUCUUUGGGUUAACGGACCUUGGGGUUGGUCUUUCGUGGUUCCAGGCCUGAUCCUAAUAUUCAUGGCCUUACCGGUAGCCCUAUUUCUGGUGCCGUCGCCGGAAGAGUUCGAAGAGUGCUACGCCGGGUUAGCUCUCACUGCCGGAAGAAAAAAGACCAAAAGAGACGCCGAAUCACUGAUCACCGAUCAUAAGCAGAAGAAAUCUGAUUCCCUCGAAAGGGGCCUACCGUCUACCUCCUCAUUCGAAAAUAGUUGCAGUCAAAAUUACUACGACUCCAAACUCGUCGAUGAAAGAUCUCAUCUGUUGUCUGCCAAUUCUCAAUCGGACGAUAUCGUUCCUUUACUUGGCUCUUCGCCCCCUCCUUUAAAAUCCACCCGAAAAAAACCCAUCGGUAUACGCAAGGCCUUGAGAGUACCCGGCGUUCUUGAAUUUUCGUUGUGUCUAUUUUUCGCCAAAGCCGUAAGUUACACGUUCUUGUUCUGGCUUCCGAACUAUAUAAGCGCCUCAUCGUCUCUCGACCCCGGAAAAGCGGCCAUUUUAGCUUCCAUCUUUGAUUUCGGCGGUAUUUUAGGUGGGAUAGUGGCGGGGUAUAUAUCAGAUCGGACCGAGGCGAGUGCUACAGUGUGCGCAUUUAUGUUGGCUCUAUCCUGCCCCCUCAUAUACUACUACCACGCCUAUGGACACGUUAAUUACGCUACCAAUAUAUGCCUCUUGUUCAUAACUGGUCAUUUCGUUAACGGACCAUACGCUCUUAUAACGACUGCGGUCUCGGCAGAACUCGGAAACAAAAUUGGGCAUAGUCAGCACGCCAAGGCGCUCGCCACCAUUACGGCUAUAAUCGACGGUUCGGGCUCCUUAGGUGCCGCCAUAGGUCCACUUAUAGCGGGUCUAGUCGCUACUAAAGGUUGGUGGAACGUUUUCGCGAUGUUGAUCAUUUCCGACAUUUUUGCUAUUCUCUUCCUCAUCCGUCUUUCUUACCGCGAAAUUAAAUUGGUUUAUCAAAUCAAAAAGGAGCGAAUCAUUUGAAUAACAAAUUUCUUUUUUUUUUAUUCGAGGCAUUAUUAUUAUAUAAAAUAUUUACAUGAUUAUAUUUAUAAAAUUACUUAAUUUUUAAGCACACUUUAUUUUAAAAUGUAUAACAAACAUUGUACAUCCCAAAAAUACGUCGUAAAAAAUCUUUAAAUGACAGUCAUCUCUAAUAUAACUUAGGAAAUAACGGGGUUAAUAUAUCAAAUUUUAAUAUAUACUCUAUUCUAUUCUAUAUAAUUAUAAUGUUAUAUACACUUUACCCGUUUUCUGUAAGAUAUAAUAUUUUUUGUCACCUGACAUAUAUUAGGUAAUUUUGUGUUUGUGAAUAUUUUUACUAUGUUAAUGACAAAUGACACGCAUGUGACUAAUUUUUUUUUAAUUUUUACCUUAAUAUAGAUAAUUUAUUCGAUUAAUUAUAAAAAAAAAUAUAUCAUAUAGUUUUUAAAAAACAAAAUAUUAAAUAUAAAUUCAACACUCCUUUUUUUAUGGGGGAUUUGUUAUUUUGUGAUUUUAAUUUUUUAUGUAUUAUAACCAUUCAUCCCAAUCUAUUUGACUCAGUAUCGAGCAUAUUUAUCGGCCGAUAUGGGGGGCUCGUGAUAAUUAUUACUUCGAUUACUUAAUAAAAGAAAAUGUUGCUUGUUGCUUGCCAUAUUA